UUUGAAAAGUUAGAAGGUGUAACAAAGCGGCAGAUGGAAGUUGUGAUGAGGAUAUCACUUUUCUGGCUGGUUUUAUCGCUGGUGGCAGUCUCUUCCUUCACCAUUCCAUACUCCUCCUCCUCUCCACAUCAGACUGCCAGUACAUGUAGUAGUACUACAUCCAGUCGAUUAUUCUUAUCAUGGGAGAAACAGCCGUGGGAGAAACAGCAGUGGCAAGAAGACCCUUCACAGCAGCAAUCAUGGCAAGACGAAGAAGAAAAUCCAUACAUUCAGUCCAUACGGCACUUUGAGGCGCAGGUCGAACAGGCAGAGCAAGAAAAACAAGCCGUCAUUCAGGAUAUUGCCAACUCGUUGCAGUCCAUCCUUCAACAAGAAGGUAGCGGUGGAGAAUACAAGAAUAAUGACAAUGAACUUUCCCAACCAGGUGAAGAACAAGACAACAUGUUUGCAGCACCAGAACAACAAGACGACGAUGAUGACGAUGGCUUGAUGAUGGGCAUGCCGGAAAUGGUCGAGUGCGAUGUGGCCAUUGUGGGUGGUGGUCCCGCUGGGUGCACAUGUGCACUCUACACGGCGCGAGCCAGGCAUAAAACUGUCAUUUUGGACAAGAAUCCAGGUCUCGGUGCAUUGGCCAUUACCUCGCACAUUGCCAAUUAUCCCGGUGUCGACAAGAGCAUGAAAGGAGACGAAUUGCUAGAACGAAUUCGCAGCCAGGCCAUUGACUAUGGUGCCGACUAUCGUCGAGCACAAGUAUUCAUGAUUGAUACCGCCAUGGAAGAAAACGGUGAAACUCGACAUACCGUCUACACACCCGAUGCCGUUUUCAAGACCAGGGCACUGGUAUUUGCGACCGGUGCCAUGGGACGAGUGGCCAAACCGUUUCCAGGAGAAGAUGAAUUUCUAGGACAAGGUGUCAGUUACUGUGCCACUUGUGACGGUGCCUUUUAUCGUGGUGAGGAUGUCGCCGUCAAGGGAAUGAAUAUGGAAGCCAUGGAAGAGGCGCAAUUUUUGACCAAGUUUGCCAAUACGGUACAUUGGGUGACACCCUCCCGACCGCGUCCCGAUCAAAGUGAACAUGUACGGGAACUCUUAGCCAGUGGCAACGUCAUUAAAUGGCCAACCACAAGAUUCUUGGGCGUCGAAGGCGAUGCAGUCAAGGGGGUCACAGGGAUCAAAGUCAAGCAAAAACAAUCGGACGAGCCCGAAGUCAUACCCGUGACCGGAGUCUUCAUCUACGCCGGUGGAGGAGGCGGUUCCAAACCAAUCACCGACUAUGUCAGCAGCAAUAUUGACUUUAAGGAAGAUGGUGGUGUCAUUGUCAAUGAAGAAAUGGAAACCAAUGUCAAGGGAGUCUAUGCCAUUGGUGACAUUCGCAACACGAAUCACAAACAGGUCGUCGUGGCUGCAGCGGACGGAUGCAUUGCGGCCAUGUCGAUUGACAAGUACUUGGCAGGACGCGAGAAUGUAAAGGUGGAUUGGAUCCACAAGUGAAUGAACGAACAUUGCAUGUCAACUUACAAGGAGGGUGCAUGUAGAGAAUUCGAUGGCAAAACAGCAACAAAAAAACACCCUGCGCUUUGACCUGACGGCCAGCGAAAGCACGUUGAAAUCCAGAAAUUCAUGUGCGAUGAUCAAUCAUCUCCUGAUAUGGUCUGCAAAGCAAAGCAACUGGUCUGCGUUGCUUUGCUUUGCACGAUCAUUCAUACCUUCAUGCUCUAGAAACCAGCUAGCUACGAUAAUAUAUUUCCCGAUAAACUAGAUUCCAAAGCUAAAUUG